GACUGAAAUCUCUGUGCAAAGGUAUCGCAUUUUUAUGCUGAAUUUUCAAACUGCCAAAUGGGCGGCACUGGGCGACCUAAAUUGCGAUUCCACCUGUCAUCAGCCGAGCUCUUCUUUGCCUUACCUAUCAUUAUAGCCGAUUUUGCCGCCCGUUUGUUAUUGAACAAUUGCGUGGGAUGCCAUUGGCAUAACGCACAACAAUGGGGAAGGACAACCAAACGAUGUGUGUAAUGACAGCCUGCGUUUCGGAUUUAUUGUAUUUAUUAUAUGCGACACUUGUUGCUGCGAAUAAAGUUGCGGGGUCACUUAAGGAUGCGAUGAAAUUUUACUCGAACUCCAUUCGCAUGACAACGACAGUUUUACACAAGGGGUUCCAGAAGCAAACUUCUAUCCGAAUAAAGCAGACUACACCUAGAGACACAGAGCUUGUGUAUAAAAUCUAAAAUUAUCUAUAUAUAUAUAUAUAUAUAUAUAUAAAUUCGGGCAUCAGGAUGCGGAAGGUGCAGGCUUUGGUUCAGACGCGCGACGGCAAGAAGACCGUCUACGAGGUGGAUCGCUUAGGAACGGUGGCCAGCCUGAAGGCACGGAUCGGGCAAGCCAUGUCCGUGCCCAUGGGCUUCAGUCGGCUGUCGUACAAGGGUCGCGUGCUAUCCAAUCAGAGCGUACUGGAGGAUUUGGGGCCCAAUAAGUCCACCCUGGAUCUCACCUGGAAGCCGGUCGUCCUGACGGCCAAUCAGAGCAGCAAGUUAAGCAAGUUCGGCUAUGGCAGGAUAGACGAUAGUGAAGUUAUGUUUACACUGAUCGGCGGCUACCAGCAACGCGAAGAAUAUCCUGGUGGCAUAGUCAAUCCACCGGACGACGAAAGUCAACAAAACUUCAACGCAGGUGACGAUGAUGAUGCACUGGAGGCCCAGGACAUGACUGGACACGAUUUGUCCUCAAUUCAAACCGAUGAUUUAUCGCUCAAAGGCCAGACGGAACCGGAGCUGGAUUGCUCCAUUGGAUCUCAUGGAUUCUCUGGAUCUCAAGAAGAAGGCCAAGAAUAACGACAAUGUGUAGUAGACUGUUGUAAAUUAUUUUAAAUUAAAAAGAUUUAGUCCUCGUUUCAGUCCUC